AUGUCGAGCUCAAAUACAGGCGAAUCGGCCCAUACAAAAGAGGAAUGGGAAGCCAUCCGACCAGUGUUCAAGGCCCAUUUCAUUGACCAGAAACGUACCUUGGACCAAGUGAUGAAAAUAUUGAAAGAGUCGCACAACUUCAUAGCCACCAAGAGUGCAUUCAAUAAAAGAAUCAGAAAUGCUUGGCCAGAAUGCAAGAAGAAUCAGAAAAGGACCGGGGGUCAGAACAGUGAUGAGGUUACUCGCCAACCUCUUCAGGAUAAUGCUCCUCAGACAAGCCCUUCUAGCAACGCAGAAUAUGGAUACAUGCAGACUAGAUCAAAAAAGGAUUAUCCUCGAGGCCUAGAUUGCCCCUCAUAUAUACAAAUCAAGCCAGCUUCCGAAUCGGAAUCAUCGCGUCUUCAUGAAAGCCUCGCCUCAGCACGAGUGUACUGCGAGUCAUAUACUCAUAGAUUCUUCGAUUCGAAACCCGAACAUAAUGCUUUCGGUUCUAUGAUUCAGCAGCAGGUCGGUCGGGGCAGAUGCUACCUUGCCUUGAUCCUUUGCCAGGAGAUCUCUCUUUUGCCAAGAAAGAAAAAAGACAUCUUCAAGAUUGAGGGCACCAAGAAGGCCAUCAAGGAGGAAGGAAAAGAGAAGAUAACUGCACUUGUGGUACGACUCCUUAAACGCCAUCUUCACAGGCUACUGGAAGGCAUCGAGGAUACGGCGACCCCUGGAGACCUCCCAACCAUCUGGGAUAUCUGUCGAACUCUCCACGGACUUUCAUAUCAGCUAGGCCAGCCCGAGGGAGAGAAUUCUAUACUCACGAGGCUUUUUGUUGAAAUUUUGGAACAAAGAUUCACCAGUGCGACAGGGGGUCAUAACUAUCACAUGCAUCAAGCCCUUCGUCAGCUACUUGAUGUGCCACCCGAUAAGAUGCAAGACGCAAUUCGCUUAAGCUCACUCUGCUCUGUUCAGACCCUGUCGAGUCGACUGGAACACCAUCACCCUUUUGUUCUCGAGGCUUGGGCAGAUCACUAUCGUCAUUGGGGCGAUUUCGAUCUCGACAGAGAAGCAUUUAUUUCUGACUACCGGAGGGCAUUUGAAACCGUGCAAGUAGAUUUGAACCAUUCCGACGUCAAACUAUGCGGGGAGGGUACGAUUUUGUUCCUCAUCCAUUGCAGCCAUGUGGCGCAUUACGUCCUCCAUGACAGAGGUCGAACAAAGACCCUAGCAACAUUGCUCUGGAGAGAAACUGGCGCCUUGCUAGUCGGCAUGGAACCAGCGAUGUCUUGGAAUAUCUACAUCCAAGGCAUGGUGGAAUCCAUUAAAAUCCACACACUUCUCUAUUACAUAACCCAUGAGGAUCAACUCAAGGAUCGUGCAGAGCUUAAGAAGAAGAAGCACAAGUUCGAUCUUUACAGCAAGAAGGGUCGUCGAAGGUAUCGCAAAGGAGUCCUUCAAUCGAUCCAAGAGAGCCACAUUCUGGGAAGUCUGCAUCCUUACAAUUUGGAAGCGUAG